AUGCAAGGUCUUUGGUCCCGCGCCGCUCCGGCGCAAUCCACCUGCCGCUGCGUCUCUUGCUUAAGUACCGUUUCCAAUGGGGUGGCCUCGAGAGGUACUUCGGCUGCCAGCAAGAAACGCCUCCGGCUCGGAAACUCGGUAACAGCACUAUACACCAGCAUCUUCGCCGCCGCUGCUUUGGCAGACGCCCAGGCCAAGGGCCAGCGCCGUCACGAAUGGGAGGAAAAGAUCGCGGCAGUCAAGGAAGAGGUCAUUGAGCUGGUGGAUGAGGAACAGCGUCUGGUGGAGGCUCUUAUGUCGCGUCGGAAGCAGGGAUUUCUCAAUGGAACGUUACAGACCAGACAGUUCAGCACAGCGACUCGCCCGGCACCUAUGAGAUACCAAUGGCCCAGAAGGAACGCACCGUUUGCAUCCUUCCACUCAACGACUGCCUUUGCGAAUGAGAGGGAUAAUCAGAUAAUUCGUGAUCUGGUCGCGGAGAGCGAGGAUCCGCUGGCGGAGGACGCGAAUGAGGACUAUGGCCUUUCGCUGGAGGAUGACGAUACGCCCACAUGGCUUACUGGGGAUGUGGUUCGCCAGAAGGUCAUCCGGAAGCUUGCGCUCAAGCAGCUAGCCAUUAGACUUUUGUUGCGGCCGGCAAUUGCUCACAGCUAUCAGGGGGUUCAGAUGAACUACAGUGCCGACUUCUCAAUACCCCAAUUGAGAGUGCCGCAGUUGCUAGCGGAACUGAACAGCCUUCGGCGCAGAAUGCGUCAAGUGAAGGGCUCGGAGAAGGCUAACAUUGAUGAUUUAGCCAAGGACCUUCGUGUGCACUCGAUACGACAGAUGACGGAAGAGCGGAAUCGACUCGAUCGGGACGUCCAGCGUGAUACCGAAAUCUAUAUGCGGAAUGAGAUGCCCUUGCAGGAACUACUCCUCCGGCUAGCCAACAACCUGAUGCAGUGCACGGAUCCGGACCGGCCAGAAGUCAUAAAGAAGAUGAUUCUUGCGUUCACCAAGACCCGUCAGAACGAUAUCUGUGAUUUGAUCUUGAAGACCAUCCUUCCACAUAAGUUCCCGCUCAGCGCCUCUCUUAUCCUCACGAUCCUUACGUUCUUCCGGAAGUCAAAGAAUCUUAUGGGAUUCGACAUAUUCCUGGAGAUGUUGAACGGACACGGCUAUCCAGUAGACAUGAACGGCUUGGGUCUGUAUCAGCGCCAAGUGGUCAAUGGAGUUGAGAUUAUCGUCCCACCAGUGGAUUCGGCGAACCCUGUCAUCUACGCCACCCUUAUUGUGUCUUGCCUGCGCUUCGAUCAGCCGGAUCGCGCCGAUGCAUACCUCCUUGCUGCGAGAUCUGCAGGGCAUAUGGACGACUUUGCAAUCCUUAACUCUUACCUGCGGUUCUGUGCUAUCCGUACCGACUGGGAAAAGGGAGUGCAGACCCUCAAAAGAACACUGGCAUUCAUGGUCUCGUCAACAGAGCACCAGCUUUUCCGUCUUGAACGACUCAUCGUACUAAUGGUACACAUGUGCGAUGCCUGCGAGCAAUACGACAUGUCCGAGGCUAUCAUCACCUCAGCCAUGAACAGCGGUUUCAACUGGGAAGCAGCCAGCAAGCAACUAGACAUCAAGUCUUCCCACGACCCCUACCACAAGAGAUGGUCAUUGGCAGCGGAGGCCGCACCAAAGGAUAUGCAAGAGAAGCUCGCAUGGGAGAAAGCUUACGCCUUCGUGAACGUCAUGAACGAGCGUCUGAGCGCCUACGAGGGCAAAUCGCCCUCCAAAAAGUGGCAAGACAUGAUAGAGCUCUACUCCCAGCAAGUCUUAAACGCCAUGCUCGCCGGAUCCCCAGCGUCAGCCAACGCCCCUAAAAUUCCCGAGCAAGUCUUCGAAGAUAAGGACCGCCAGAGCCUGCUCCAAGAAAUCAGCAAACAAGUCGAAAAAGCCAAAAAGGAGAACGAGUCCACAGCCGCAGCCCAGGAACAAGAGAUCACCUCCCUGAAGGCCGAAAUCUCACAACUCAAGCAAAUGGUCUUCGACCUCCACCAGACCCGCAAGCAGGAGUCUACCAUACCGUCGCCCCCUCCUUCUCCCCCUCGCUCUACCCACCACCAAGACCACCUCCUCCGUCGAAAACACGAACACAUUGCUCCUGCGCCGGAACUCGAAUCUUCUUUCAACAAAGUCAGCAUUCGAUACAUGAAGUCGUAG